GGCAUCUUGACAGCGUGUUGAAAAUUGGUGGUCUUGAUUUUGUAGUGAUUUUCCUUCGGUAUCCUUCGGUAUUAGACCAAGAUGUUUGGAACUUGUGCAUUUAGUAAAAGGCAAAGGCUUUGUGAUGGUAGUUCUGAUGAGUCAUAUGAUGAUCCAAUUGAUGAUUCAGGUGACAAUUCAAGUGAUGAUUCAUCAGUGAUAGAAGUAAGUUCCAAGUCAGAAAGUACUGGUGACAUGGUUUGUGGUGAAGCAAGAAAGAAUCUACUGAAAGUCCUCAAACAAAUUCAUGCAAACAAGUCAUCUGAGUUUGCUGUAGGAGAAGUCAGCACAAAUCUUACAACAACCCCAGGAAUCAAGAUUUCCAACUAUGGUCCAGUCAGCCUACCAGUUACAGAAUCGACCAUAGGUGAUCUCCGCAAACAUUUUCAUCAAGCGCCUUAUGGUCUGGGGGAAGCAACCAUUAUUGAUAAAACUGUCAGGGACUCCUGGCAACUUAACCCUGAUAAAUUUGAAAUUUCAAAUGCUAAAUUCCAUCUUGGUGUACAGAAUAUUGUCCAGGAGGUUCAAAAUGAGCUUGGCUGCUCAAAUAUCCRUAUCACAUCAAGGCUUUACAAGCUACUGCUGUAUGAACCUGGUGGCCAUUUUAAGCCUCAUCGUGAUACUGAGAAGCAUCCAGGAAUGUUUGCAACCCUGAUCAUCCAACUUCCUUCAAUUUUCACUGGUGGUGACUUGAUUGUAAGGCACAACUCCAAAGAAAAGAGAAUUGCUUUUGGUGCCGAAGAUAGCGAGUACUCGUGCAUAUAUGCUGCUCACUAUGCAGACUGUGAGCAUGAGCUGACUGAAAUAACGUCUGGUUACCGAAUGGCCCUGGUGUACUCAUUAUGCUGGGAUGGUAAUGGUGUUGUACCUAGUCCUCCUGAUAUCCCUACCAAUGAGCUAGCUGGGUUACUACAGAACCUUCCUAAUCCAGGUAUGCUGGCAUGGGGUCUAGAUCAUCACUACUCCAAGGCAUCUUUACUUGAUAUUGGGGUACAAGCUCUCAAAGGAGGAGAUAAACUAAUCUAUUCAAGUCUUGAAGGUGCUAAUGCCUUGCUGGGGGAGGACAAGAAGUUGGAGUUCUUUAUUGUAGAGGCCAAAAAGACCGACAACAUGUAUGGGUCGUGUACCAUGGAGUACUAUGGAAGACGGCGUGGAUAUUGGGGGCAUGAUGAUUUUGGAGGUGAUUGUUUUGAUGAUGAUGGUGAUUGUGAGACAGAGUAUGAAUUUAAUGUCAUUGGUGUUGAUGGAAAAGAGUGGAGUGGAUCAUUGAAUUUUAAGUUGGAUGUCAAAAAGGAUGUUUUGAAUAUUGGUAAGAAUGAUGAUGCAUUUUGGGGCAAGUGUCAUGAGGGGGAAUGUAGUGGACCUUCUGGUAAUGAAGGAGCAUCAAAGACCAACUGGUAUCGCCGUUAUGUCCUUGUUCUUUUUCCAAAGGAAAAUGCUGUAAAGGUAGUGUACAAGCAUUCCAUCAGUUCUGCUGUUGAGUACCUGGAGCAAGAACUGCAGAAUAAAGGUGCAUCUUCUGUGAAGAAACUUGCAAAUGACAUUGUUGAUCUCUGUGUUCAAAAAAAGAAGAGAUUUUGCUCAAACCAAAAAAAUGUAAUGACAAUGCUUAGGAUGUUGCUAGCAAUGAAUGAGAUGGAGUUGGUAAAGAAACUGCUUGUGCUGUUGUCUGAGCAAUCAGUGUCAUCCCAUUCAGCAUAUAAUUGGCAAGCUGGUUAUUAUAAAUCAACACAAUGUGUAUUUGGAAUACCCUCUGAGAACAUUGCCGGUCUCUUGAAAGAUCUGAUUUGUGCAUUUGGAUGGAAUGCCCUGGAAGACGUUUUGACAAAGUUGAUUGAAUCAUGCCCAUCCCAGCAUUACAAGCAUGCCAUAGCAUUUCUAGAGCAAUGCCCAGAUGAUGUUCCAAGAGAGCAGCUAUUAAUCUCCGUAGUCCAUAAAGCUGUGAACUCAAAAGACGCAAAAGAAGCAAAUCUAUCUGAUGAUAUUGUGAUAGCAAUUGGACGUGUCAUCUUAACCUAUCCUGAUGUAACUGCUCAGUUUGUAAUGCCAUUCCUGAACUUGCCGAAAUUGCAGAAUCUUCAGAUGUUAAACAGCAUCUUGUCAUUCUGGGGGAAAACAAGGAGCGAAGACAUGAACAAGAGCACAUUUUAUCAGAUGACUUUCACAAAGUUUGGUGCAAAGAUGCACAGUAUGUUUCAAGGUGGUCAUAAACUUUCAGUUCCAGAGAUGGAUGCCAUUGUAAAGGGUGCAGAAUAUCUUGUUAACAUCCAAGAAAGUGGGCUGUUCAAGACACUUGUAGAUGAUGUACUACACACUUUAAAUGCAGUUUUGUUGAAAAAAUUACUUGAAAGUAGUUUUGCUCAGGUAGCCAAUGUGUCUGAACCUGUCAAGUACCUUAUCCAAGCUCGUGUCAAUCAGCUGAUGCCUAUUGUUAGUGCUGGAGAACCAAGAUUUACUUGGUGUUUACCAAACGCAGUCAUACCUGGCUAUCCAGACAUCCAAGCAUUUCUACGAAGUCCAGAAAGAACUUUGGUCUAUACCAAGUUCAAUGCAAGAACCAGGGCAGACAUUUUCAAGAGGCAGUUCUCAAGUUACAUGUAUGCUUCAGUUGAAGUACAUGGUAAGCUUAAAGAUACAGUAGUCAAGAUCACCAAAUUACAAGCUCUCAAAACAAGACAUGACGAAGCUAUGAGGAAAUAUAACGACCAACGUGAAGAACUCAGAAGACUGCAAGCUAAACUUAGUCUGGGUACAAUAGUCUUGUAAAUGGUGCCUUAUUUUGGACAUAACAUGUACAGUAGACUACAGUAUGUGGCAUCAAAAAACUUUAUAGAAUGACGAGUCAGAAAUGACUCUGCCUUCAAAUUAGACUGUGUACUAUACUGCUGUUUAUAGUAAUAGUGAUGCUCAAACUGACUUAUGUUGAGGUAUAUAUAUUAUUGACAUUUUUUAUAGUUUAAAAGGUCUUUCUGACUAGCAGAAUGGCUAUUUAAGCACUGUUAUUGUUCUGUUGCUAUCAUUUUGGUAUCAUUGCCUACCUUAUUGGUUUAUAUGUGAAUGUUUCAUUUUAUAAAUUUUGAUUCAUAUGUUGAUUUUAUGUACUUUAUCAUGAAUUAUACAAAAAUAUUAAUGUAAAUGUUAUAGUUUAUACUGUCAAGAACUGCUUACAAGAUAUUUAUAUAUAGAUAUAUAUAUUUCAGCUCAUACAGCCUUUUGCAAAAAUUAUGAGAAUUGUUGAAAUAUCUA